UGUAGCUGUAAAAUUGUCUAAACUGAUGUUUCGGCCCCUACGAUGAGCCUGCAAUGUCGUGUUUGUUUGGAAUAUUCUGAAAACUGCACUCUUCUGUUCGCCGAGAGUUGCGGUAUAACACUAGCAGAAAUCAUACAAUUCUGCGCCGAUGUAAAGAUUGCUGAUGAUGACGAUUUACCGUCGCAGGUGUGUUUAACAUGUAGCAAAGAUGCUGAGGUCGCCUACACGUUUGUGCAGAAAUGUCAGCAAUCAGACCGUGAACUACAAACACAGAAAACCAGCAGGAAUCCCAUACAAACUACUACAACUCAAGGAAAAACGCAUGAAUUGCUGGUAGAAUUGAUAUCGGAAUCCCCCCGAAUAGACAAUCAACUGUUCUCGGAUGAAACGGUGGAACAAAAUGUUAGUACGACAAGAAGUGACGACAGUUUUACAAAGGAUGAACCACCUACUGACGAUAUUUACGUUAUUGAGUACCUUGAUGAGGACGAAAUCCGCAAUUCGAGCCAAGAAUUCGAAGAUCAAAACAUUGUGGAAAAUGCGGAUUUAACUACGUUGAAUGACCAGUCUGAAAGCAAUUCAAGCUAUUACUGUUGUUAUAGCGACUGCACAAUGACUUUCCACACUAAACAUGAGCUGAAAGAUCACAUCAAUUUGCAGCACGUACUAGAUAUCGGAGAGCAAGAUAUUGCAAAUACACAUCACUACUGCAAUAACUGUGGUCACACGUUUUCCUCUGAGAAUGAACUUAUCAGUCACGAAUUGCUUUUACAGCUGAAGAAAAGCUUAAUUACUCCUGUGAGCAGAGGGCGCCCUAAGACUUACCCAUGUUUGUUUAAUGCGGAGGAAAAAAAGUGCUGCGAUUGUUAUGCAUCGUUUCCUACGAUUGAGUCACUUCUGCAGCACACCAUGCAACGGCAUUCGAUCCGCAAAACGGUGCUGGAUCCUACCCGGUCAGUUCGAUGUGAGGUAUGCUUCAAGUUGUUCCGAAGUAAAUCGAGCCUCCACAGUCACCAGAACGCACCUUACAAACCGCGCAACUAUCGCUGCACUACGUGUGGCGAUUCUUUUCUGACGCCUUCUCGACUCGCGGUUCACAAAGCCGUGCACAGUGCGGAACGGAAUUUUAAGUGUGUGGAGUGUGGUGCAAGCUUUAAGAACGAGCAAAACCUCAACACCCAUGCCUUACUCCACCGCGAAAAGAAAGAGAUGUGCAGUACGUGCGGGUUGAGAUUUCAUCGGAAGUCCAAUCUUCGAAUGCAUCAGCGGGUCCACUCCGAUGCUUACUAUACCGUGUGCCCGCAUUGCGAUAAGAAGUACAAAAAUCAAUCACAACUGAAGGAGCAUCUUAAGGUGCACACGAAGGAAAAAACGUUGGGAUGUCGAUACUGUGCGAAAAGAUUUAUGUACACGAGCGAUCGGAAGCGACAUGAGAUGAUUCACACUGGAAAAUAUCCUUUUACAUGCGAUUGCUCGAAAAAGUUCAGUCGUAAUCGUCUUUAUAUGCGGCACAUUGAGAAAUGUAAAGGAUCGCGUGAAGCAAUGAGAUCGAUCCUUUGAAAAUUAUGGUAUAGUUUGCGUAUUUGUGGCAAAUA